GUGCUGGGCUUGCGGACCGACACGGACCCCCCAUCCCCGCUCGCGGCCGCCUUGUCAUGCUGCCCAAAGUGGAGACGGAAGCCCUGGGACUGGCUCGAUCGCAUGGGGAACAGGGGCAGAUGCCGGAAAACAUGCAAGUGUCUCAGUUUAAAAUGGUGAAUUACUCCUAUGAUGAAGAUCUUGAAGAACUCUGUCCGGUGUGUGGAGAUAAAGUGUCUGGGUACCAUUAUGGGCUUCUCACCUGUGAAAGCUGCAAGGGGUUUUUUAAGCGAACGGUCCAAAACAACAAAAGGUACACGUGUAUAGAAAACCAGAACUGCCAAAUUGACAAAACACAGAGAAAGCGUUGCCCUUAUUGUCGAUUUCAGAAAUGUCUGAGUGUUGGAAUGAAGCUAGAAGCUGUAAGAGCCGACCGAAUGCGAGGAGGAAGGAAUAAGUUUGGGCCCAUGUACAAGAGAGACAGGGCCCUGAAGCAGCAGAAGAAAGCCCUCAUCCGAGCCAAUGGACUUAAGCUAGAAGCCAUGUCUCAGGUGAUUCAAGCAAUGCCCUCGGAUCUGACCAUCUCCUCUGCAAUUCAGAACAUCCACUCUGCGUCCAAAGGCCUACCUCUGAACCAUGCUGCCUUGCCUCCAACAGACUAUGACAGAAGUCCCUUUGUAACGUCCCCCAUUAGCAUGACAAUGCCACCUCAUGGCAGCCUGCAAGGUUACCAAACCUACGGCCACUUUCCUAGCCGGGCCAUCAAGUCUGAGUACCCAGACCCCUACACCAGCUCCCCAGAGUCCAUGAUGGGCUAUUCCUACAUGGAUAGUUACCAGACCAGCUCCCCGGCAAGCAUCCCACAUCUGAUACUGGAACUUUUGAAGUGUGAGCCAGAUGAGCCUCAAGUGCAGGCCAAAAUCAUGGCCUAUUUGCAACAAGAGCAAGCGAACCGAAGCAAGCAUGAGAAGCUGAGCACCUUUGGGCUCAUGUGCAAAAUGGCCGAUCAGACCCUGUUCUCCAUCGUUGAAUGGGCCCGGAGUAGUAUCUUCUUCAGAGAACUUAAGGUUGAUGACCAAAUGAAGCUGCUUCAGAACUGCUGGAGUGAGCUCUUAAUCCUUGACCACAUUUACCGGCAAGUGGUCCAUGGGAAGGAAGGAUCCAUUUUCCUGGUUACCGGGCAACAAGUGGACUAUUCCAUAAUCGCAUCACAAGCCGGGGCCACGCUCAGCAACCUCAUGAGUCACGCACAGGAGCUAGUGGCGAAGCUUCGAUCGCUGCAGUUUGAUCAACGGGAGUUUGUGUGUCUGAAAUUCUUGGUGCUCUUUAGUUUAGAUGUCAAAAACCUCGAGAACUUCCAGCUGGUGGAAGGUGUCCAAGAGCAGGUGAACGCCGCCCUCCUGGACUACACCAUCUGCAACUACCCGCAGCAGACCGAGAAGUUCGGGCAGCUCCUCCUCCGACUCCCCGAGAUCCGGGCCAUCAGCCUUCAGGCUGAAGAAUACCUGUACUACAAGCACCUGAGCGGAGACGUGCCCUACAACAACCUCCUCAUCGAAAUGUUGCACGCCAAAAGGGCCUGAGCACCACCUCCCAAGCGCUCAGGGGUCCUAACACAGAGAGAUUGGGAGGGAG